AACAUUUGCGCAAACAUAGGCCCGGCCCGCUCGUACACACCUGUUGCAUUCGGCCCUUGGCAGGAAAGGGGUUGGAUCACGUAUAAAAAGUGUGCCCUGGCCCACAGAUAGACACACUUCGAGUUGAGCAGCCUCCAGCAGCAUCACAACCAAGCAAGCCCAGAGCCCAAAACAAAACAAAAAAUACAAUAUGAAGUUCUUCGCAUUCGUCGCUGUCUUCGCUGCUGUCUUGUCGCUGGUCCGCGCCCAAACGGCGACAGGAACUGGAACUACGACAACACCGACAUCGCCGACACCGCCUACAUCGACAACCACCUACACCUACACGACGUCACCCACUUACACCACCCCCACCGUCACGGUCACAUCAACAACCGCCAAGCCCUUCAAGCAGGCGCUCUUGUCGCUGCUGUUCAACAAGAAGUCCGGAUAGAGACCUGCCACUCCGACCACCGAUCCCGCCGAUUAGUAGGACGCCAAUGAUUUGAUUAGCCAAACAAUAAUAAAAACAACAAACAAACACAA